CUGGCACUAUGUCUUCCGGUUUGAGUGAACUCGACGAGCUAUCCGUACAUUUCAUCCAUGUCAUGCAGGCAUGUGGUCACAUUUAUGCCCGCAGAUCUUGUUUUUAUGAUAUUUUAUAAUGCCUCAAUGGUGUAGGACAUGGCCUCGGUCAAUGGGGAUACCAGCUAUAUCAGAUGGUCGGAUUUCUGUGAGCAGAAUGCCUCCACAGCUGCGGUCGAGUUUGCCAGGAACUUCAGGUUAUUUCUCUAUGAUAAUCCAAGCAUAGACAGGCCUGGUGUUGGCUCAGAGUUCGCCAGUGCUUUUGUCACACACUUCCUUGAACAUUUCCAUGCCCUGGUGGAGCCCAAGUAUGUUGAGACGUGCUUCCCCUCACCCCUGUCGCUACCAAAAGCCAAGCGGACGAGCAGUUUAUCACCGACGCCACAUCGAAGCCGACCGCUCAUUUUCGAUGAGGAUUAUUCAGAAACAGACGACCAACACUCGCCUGUCAAUCACAGCAAAUCUCACAAACCAUUUUUCCGUAAGUUGUCGUUUCGCCACUUCAAAGGAAGUGUACGUGGCUUAUUCAAACAACACAGCGACGAGGUCGAACUGUCUUCCGAAUCGAAUCGACCUAAUUACACUCGGAAGAAACACGCGAGACCGAAAGAAAAGCACGAUAAAACAAAGUUGACCAAACUGAUUGUGGAAUGUAUCAAAAAAGGAAUAGUGAAUCAGUUGGUUGGUGAAGACUAUUGUGGUAAAUCAAAAUGGGAUCGGUGUCAACUUGUCCUCGUCAAAACAACAGGCGGACAUAUGCUAGAAUACUACACACCACCAAAGUCGAUGAAGCCAAAGGGAGGAGUUUUCUGCUACCUGAUCACAGAAGCUAGAGAAACGACAGCGCUUGAGAUGCCGGACCAUGAGAACACAUUUGUGUUGAAGGCUGAAAAUAAUCAAGAGUACAUAUUUGAGGCAAAUGACGUGGAAGAAAUGAAAUCAUGGCUGUUGGCAAUACGCCAGUUUACGCGGACGGAGUUGUUUGAUCACCAGGCUGCCGGCAGUCUUCUUGCUGCUGCAAGUGGUAAAAUCCAGGCUGGGCUUACAGUCAACUUGCCGCCUAUCAAAAGUGCAGAAGCGGAAACGAUUCAUGUUUUCCACUCUCAGCGACGUUCCUCCCAUGGCAGUGUAGCUAGUGAUAAUCCACCGGAGGUGCCUCCGAGGACACCCAGUCGACCUUUCAGCACAAUAGCAACAUCCGGUAGCAGUGGGGGACUAUCUCUCAGGUUCUCUAAUACCCCCAGUGAAACAGGGUCCCCAAGAUCAGUGCCGAGCCAUCUGCGUUCAAGUGACUCAAAUAUCGAUGUGGUGUUGCGAGACUACCCAUGGUUCCAUGGCACCCUCUCACGAAUGGAUGCGGCCACCUUUGUACUUCAACACAACAUGAACGGCCAUGGCAUAUUUCUUGUUCGGCAGAGUGAAACACGGAAAGGAGAAUAUGUGCUCACAUUCAACUUCCAAGCCAGGGCAAAGCAUCUCCGUAUGACUAUCAAUAAUGAAGGACAGUGCCGCGUGCAGCAUCUGUGGUUUCAGACAAUAUUUGACAUGCUCGAGCACUUCCGCACGCAUCCAAUCCCGCUUGAAUCCGGUGGUGUGUCGGAUGUGACGUUGACAGAUUAUGUUGUCUGUGUGGAGAGGCCUCGCAGCAUGUCGCACAACACCACGCAUUCCUCGGGCUCAAGUCAGUCUGGAUCUGGUGCUGUUGCCAUUCGUGUUGCUGACAAUUCAGUUUGGACAGCUGGUGGUUCGGUGCGCAUGCGUACAGAAUCGCUGGAGAAUAUGGCGCGAGAACAGGCCGGUCAUGGAAGGGCAGUGGAAAAUCAUUAUACAUUUGUAUGACAUGAAUCUCUGUUGACGGUGAUGAUACCCAAGAAAUCUGCCACCUUAGCUUGGAAUGGCUGAGGUCAUGUGCCUUCUUCAUUUGAGCAUCAGGAGGAGACAUUGCCCACUCGGUUAUUUUGAUCAAAUAUUGGGUGCGGAUUCUUCUCUGUGAGGAAUGGUGAGAAGAGACAAGUCGAACAUUGGAUGAGUUGCCUUUCUGGGAACUCUUUAUGACCACAUUUGAACGUUCUGAUCAUAACAACUGUGUUGUAACCAUAUAAGACAGUGUCAAUGUUCCUGUAUUGGGUUGGCUGGAGGAUACGAUAGUUGUGAUUUGGAGGCCAGUUUGUCCUGCGUGUGUGCAGGUCGUUGUUAGUGAGCCUGAAAGGGCGAGAGUAUGUUACAGUUGUGAUCGAGGG